AUGGGCUGUCGGGAUUUUGAUAUAGAACCUAAACCAGACAUCUGCCUUAUAAGGCAGGAAGAAGAAAAAGACGAUUAUAUGGCGGAAACAAGGAAAGAGAAAAAUGACCAGGUUUGCGUUGCGCGUAGAAAUAGCAUAUCGUUGAAGGAAAGGACGUCACAUCUGAAACUUCCUAUAGAGUGCACCUCAAAGAGACAAGGUCAGCAACAGGUACCUCAACCCCGGACAACAACUCAAAGCGAUGAAAAACCAGUUCAACCAAAUUGCGAGCUGAGUUGGUCGCAACUGGUACACGCAGAAAUCAUUGCCGUCGCCAGUACUAUGCGCAAAAUUCGCGGUGGUCUGGAAUGA